AUGGCAACUGCAACGCAGGACAAUGCUUAUGUUUUAGGUGUUGGCAUUGCGGCUUUCCUGAAGCCCCGCGGGGAGAGGAUGUAUACGGAGCUCGCGUUUGAAGCCGGGGCUAAGGCAAUGUUAGAUGCUCAUAUCACAUAUGACGAUGUUGAGGUCGGAGUAGCAUGCUAUGCAUCAGGCCCAACCUGCAGCGGUCAACGUGCGUUCUAUCAAUUCGGCAUGACCGGUAUUCCCAUAUACAAUGUCAAUAAUGCCUGUGCAACGGGGUCGACCGGGUUGCACCUCGGUCGAUCCUUCGUGAGAUCAGGGGUCCAUGACUGUGCUUUGGUGAUCGGAUUUGAGCAAAUGCAACCUGGUCCACUCCACAGUAACGUUAAAGACCGACCGACUCCGUUUGAUUUGAGUAUGAGGUUAAUGGAAACCACCCGGGGAAAGACCAAGUCUCCUAAGAAUCCACAAAUGUUCGGCAAUGCCGGACGGGAAUACAUGGAAAAGUAUGGCGCGACAGCCGAGGACUUUGCGGAAAUUGCAAGGAUUUCACACGAGCACUCGUCAAGGAACCCGUACGCACAGUUUCGGACCGUGUACACUCUCGACGAGAUCCAGAAGUCGCCGAUGAUCCAUUAUCCGCUGACAAAGCUACAAUGCUCACCGACAUCGGACGGGGCAGCAGCAGCAGUUGUCGUGUCGCAGAAGUUUCUCGACGCGAGACCACACUUACAGAAUCAUGCCAUUCUUAUUGCCGGCCAAUCCCUAAAAUCUGAUAGCACAGCCCUCUAUUCGGGAGGUGCAAUGGAUCUAGUGGGAUAUGACAUGACGAAGCGGGCUGCAACUGCAGCGUUGCAUGAGGCGGGGGUGGCGCCGAGUCAAAUUCGGGUUUGUGAGCUACAUGAUUGUUUCUCCACCAAUGAGCUGAUUUCAUUGGAUGCAAUUGGGUUUUCCGAACAAGGAAAAGCCCAUCAGCUUGUUCGGCGAGGAGACAUCACUUUUGGAGGCAAAGGUCCAAUUGUCAAUCCAUCGGGUGGUCUCAUUUCCAAAGGCCAUCCCCUCGGAGCAACGGGCCUGGCGCAAUGCGCAGAGCUUAUAUGGCAACUGCGUGGCUGGGCAAAUAAUGGUCGUUUGGUCGAAGGAGUAGAUGUCGCACUGCAGCAUAAUAUUGGAUUGGGUGGUGCGGUUGCAGUAACGGUUUACAAACGCACCGACGGAAAGAAAAACAGUGAUAGCCUGUCUACCGAGAAGGAGAUUUCAGCGAUGAGUGGCCUUGGCUAUAACCCGGCCAUUGAGGAUAGGUUAAUCACACCUGAACAAGUCCAUUCAGUGAGGAGUAAACUAGCUUCGUCUGAUUAUGCCCUGGACAAUACACCCAACCUCAUUGCAUCCAGACUAUGA